UCUCUUUCGCUGUAGUGCGGCGGUCUGCGAAAGCUGUCAAAACAUUGUUUUGGUGUUUUCAAUUUUCGCAUUCAGCGGAAUAUUUUUCAAUUUUUUGAAAAAUUCCUAGGAAAACCAUCAGUAAAAUUAGUUUUGUUCGGCGAAAAUAGUGAUCCGUAUUUCGCUUAAUCGAAUGGUGUAAACAUCCGAGGAAAAGUGUUAUUUUUCUGCGAGAUACGGCAGCCGAUUCAGAAGUGCUUUGUUAAGCACGUGUUUACGUGUUUCGUUGAUUUGUUGCCGCCACAGAAAAAAUGGGCAAAAAGAAGGCUAACCAGUUGGGUCGAUCCCUGAUCAAGGACCGCUUCGGACAGGGCAACCGGAAGACCGUGGAUAACAAUAGUAUGCUUCACACAACCGAAGUUCAGGACGGAUACGAUUGGGGUCGUCUGAACCUGCAAUCCGUGACGGAGGAAUCAUCCUUCCAGGAGUUUCUGCGAACCGCGGAAUUGGCAGGAACGGAAUUUCAAGCUGAAAAGUUGAACAUCACCUACGUCAAUCCGAAGGCCAAGGUUGGGCUGUUGACCACAAACGAAAGGGUUGCCAUCGAGAGGAAACAGGUGGACAAGAAGGACUUGCUGAAGAUUCCGAGACGGCCGAAAUGGACUAAGGAAACUACCCCGGAGGAGUUGCAAACCAUGGAGAACGAAAACUUUCUGGACUGGAGAAGGGGAUUGGCCGCACUGCAAGAGGAGGACGGGAUGUUGAUGACUCCAUACGAACGCAACUUGGACUUUUGGCGGCAGUUGUGGAGAGUGGUUGAACGAUCGGACAUUGUGGUGCAGAUUGUAGACGGGCGUAAUCCACUGCUGUUCCGGAGCGAAGAUCUGGAGCGGUACGUGAAGGAGGUGGACGAACGCAAGAUGAAUAUGAUUUUGAUCAACAAGUCGGACUUCUUGAAUGAGGAUCAACGAACGGCCUGGGCACGGUAUUUCGACGAGCAGGGCAUUCGGGUGGCGUUCUUCUCGGCGGCGGAAUCCGUGGAGGAAGCCAAGAGGGAACAAGAGGAACGGGAAGCACGGGAGGAUCAAAGCGAGGAGGACGAGGAAGAUGAAGUGAAUGGCGAGCUGGAUGAGAAGCUGAAGGGAUUGGAGGUGAAAGUUGAUCAGGUGGAAAAGGUUCUGGAGAAAUUGGAGGAGAGAAUAGAGCAGCUGACGGACGAUGGCAAUGCGACCUCAACAUCAGAUUCCAGCAUCAAAAUACGUAAUAAUCCAAAAAUUCUAACGAACACGGAACUCAUCGCGCUCUUUAAAAGUCUCCAUAAAGAAGAGCGUGUCACCAGCGGAUUGGUAACGGUCGGUUUGGUUGGAUACCCAAACGUUGGUAAAAGCAGCACCAUUAACGCGGUGUUCCUCGAAAAGAAGGUCUCGGUUUCGGCCACACCUGGCAAGACCAAACAUUUCCAAACGCUCUACGUAGACAGUGAGCUUCUGUUCUGCGAUUGCCCCGGUUUGGUAAUGCCCAGCUUCUGCACCACCAAGGCCGACAUGAUUCUGAACGGUAUCCUGCCGAUCGAUCAGAUGCGAGACCACGUUCCUCCGGUGAAUUUGCUGUGCACAUUGAUUCCGCGACACGUUCUCGAGGACACGUAUGGAAUCAUGAUAACGAAGCCAUUGGAAGCGGAGGAUCCCAAUCGACCACCGUUUGCCGAAGAACUUCUGCUAGCGUUCGCAUACAAUCGGGGCUACAUGACGGCCAACGGACAGCCGGAUCAGUCUCGUGGAUCGCGAUACGUGCUGAAGGACUUUGUCAACGGAAAGCUGCUGUACUGCCACGCUCCACCGAAUGUGGAACAGAACGAAUUCCACAAGUUUCCCGAGCGGCAGAAGGAGGAAAUGGACGUUAAGCUGCUGCCACCGCGACAACAGAGAGCCAUGAAGAUGGGCACCACCACCGGCAAGGACGUCGACGCGCAGUUCUUCCAGGACCGUUCGGCGACGGGCUUCGUCAAGGGGCGUAGUGAUUUUCCGAAUGUAAGGGUACCGGGCGCGGCCAAUCCGCAGGAAGCCGGUGUCAUCGUGGCUGGCAAACCGUGGAAGCACCAGAAGCGAGAGAAGAAGGAAAAACUACGCCGGAAGUACGCCCAUCUCGAUCAGCAUUGAUUUGGGAAGGAAGCGAGCCAGGGAGAGUGGGAACGAGAGUAUGCAAGAACGAACGAGUUUCAAUAAACUGUCUUUGUAACUUUAUUGUGUUUGUUGUACAAAAGAGGAAAUUACACAUCUUUUAUAUUAAAUAUAAAUAUGUAUCAUAAUA